UAUUUUUGGUGGUUUUGGAGGCAUGGGAAGACAUGCACGUAGAAAUGAAUCUUUACUACUUGACCCAUUAUGUGGUAAGUUAGAAACAAUCAGCGUUCAGAGGGCUCCAGCUCCACGCAUGGGUCACACCUCUUCUAUGGUUGGUGAUCUUAUGUUUCUUAUUGGAGGGAGGGCUGAUCUGGUAAAUAUUUUGAAUGAUAUUUGGGUUCUUAAUACAGAAACCAGUGAAUGUAAGUUGUUAGAAUGUACAGGCAUUGUAUUCCCUCCAAGGCACAGGCAUGCAGCAGCAGUUAUAGAUUCAAAAAUAUAUGUAUUUGGGGGACUUAAUGGUGAAAUAAUCUCUUCAGCACUCCAUAUCCUUGACACGUCUAGUUCGGAGUGGAAUGAGAUACAAGUCCAAGGGGAAUGGCCAUGUCCUCGUCAUUCCCACGCCUUGGUGGCAUGUGGAUCUAAGUUAUUUAUGUUUGGAGGAUAUGAUGGAGACAAAGCUCUUGGCGACCUUUAUAGUUUCGACAUUAAAACAUGUUUAUGGAAAAUGGAAAAUAUGGCUAUGAAUACCCCAUAUGCAAGGUUUUCACAUUCCAUGUUUGUUUAUAAGAAUUAUCUGGGCAUUAUAGGAGGAUGUCCUAUCAGACAACAUUAUCAAGAGUUGUCAAUACUUGACUUGCGGUUCCAUAUGUGGAAGCAUGUGACACUCAACUCUAUUGGCAAAGAUCUUCUUGUUCGCUGCACCGCUAGUGUUGUUGGUGAUGAUCUAGUUGUGAUGGGUGGUGGGUCAGCUUGUUAUGCAUUUGGAACGAAGUUUAGUGAGCCAAUCAAAGUGAACUUGCUUCCAUUAAUGUCUUUAGGAUCCAGCUCAAUGCCAAUUGAAAUUGGAGUGAAAGAUACCAUUUACAAAGAUGAAGGGGUUGUAGAGAAAGAAAACAAUGAGUUUCAAAUUCGACAGAAGAGUAUUGCAAAAAUGUCAAAUGAAGGUCCAGACAUGAAAUUUGAGACUGAACCACUAGGAACAGAUGUUGAACAUCAGAUUGGUGCUUCGCAUUGGGUUUUACAACUUGAAAAAAAAUAUGCAAAAUUGGGAAAGGACAUGUUGAAGAAGUUUGGAUGGUUAGAUCUUGGGAGAAAGGUUUAUUCCAAAGAAAAUGGAAUACAUAUUUGCUUCCCCGUCACUCAAAAAUUUUGCACUAUAUACCGUGAUAAGCAAAAUCAUCCUGGUGGUGCAUUGGAAGUGUUGGAUGACAUCAACCCAUUCGAGGCAUUUAGUGGAGAGGGUGUGUUAUCAAAGGACUUCACUUGCUUAACAUCCUUGAAUCUUCUAAUGGCAUCUGGUGCAACAAUACUUGCAGAUGAGGUGGUGAAAGUGAAAAAAAUUUCAAGCUCUCCUCUCAAAGUGAUGAGUGAAGCUGUAGCUAAUUUGCUAAAGCACAAAGGCCUACCUACUGAACUUUUAGACCAGCUACCCACAAGGUGGGAGCGACUAGGGGAUAUUAUUGUGCUUCCAAUGACAUCCUUCAAGGAUCCAGCAUGGGAUUCAGUUGGAGCUGAGCUUUGGCCUAUUGUUGCCAAAUCACUUGGUGCCCGGAGACUUGCUCGGCAGGGCCGAGUUGCUCCAACUGGAACUAGGGACAGUUCUUUGGAGAUUCUUGUGGGAGAUAAUGGCUGGGUUGACCAUUGGGAAAAUGGAAUUCUCUAUUCCUUUGAUUCAACCAAGUGCAUGUUCUCCUGGGGCAAUCUUUCUGAGAAGCUUAGGAUGGCCCGUCUUGACUGUAGAGAUGAAGUUAUUGUG